AUGUUUAAACAAUUUUCAUACGUUUUUUUCCUCCUCGCGGCGGCCACUAGCGCCAGUGCUGCCAUCAUUCACGCAGAUUCUUAUGUUGUUUUAGUUCAAACACCCGACAACCCUCUACUCUGCGGAGGCGUUCUGCUUAACAAGGAUACAGAUCUCACAUCGGCGCAGUGUUUGGCUUUCUACGAUGCCGAUCAAUUGGUCGUUGCUAUAAAUAACGGCACUCAAAUCAUCAAAACUAAAGCACACACCUUCAAGACCGAUUUCGAUUUCGUUACAAUGGAAAACGACCUUGCGCUUUUGAAGUUAGCGCAAUCUGUGAAAGCUCCAUAUGUAAAAUUAGCGAGCACACAACCGAAAACCGGUGCUAGCGGUGUGGUCUUCAACUCAGGUGAAGUACCUGUGAAUAUUGUAAACUACAAAGAAUGCGCCUCUGAAAAGUACGUAUACAGCGAAGAAGAAAUAUUCAGUACCAUGAUAUGCGGUCUCGUGAAGGACAACAAGACGUGUGUCGGACGAGCGGGAAGUCCUUUGGUCUCCGAUAAUAAACUGGUUGGUUUGGUCUCCUGGGGUGGUUGCGGCUUAAAUGACAGACCAGCCGUUUUUACCGACAUUCCAUCGUUCAAGUCUAGGAUUACUCAAACUGCAAAGAAAUUGUAGAAAUUGUUGUAAGUUC